AUGUCGAUCCGGAAACUCGCGAAUCGAGUCCACGGCAGCGCCUUCCGACCCCUAAAGCAUGCACACGUACCAUGGAAGCCUCCUUCGCAUGGCCUCGCGAUGUCUAAGUCACCAGCGCCAUUGCGCAGCCGCGAGUUCACCAACAUCGCUCGUCGACUUGACUCGUUCAACUCCGAUAACGUCAUCUACGGCCUCAUAGGCGUCAAUGCUUUGGUGAUGUGCAUGUGGCAGAAAGCGGACACAACUGCGAAGAGACACUUCAUGGUGAGCAACUUCACCACGUCCCCCGCGCAUAUCAAGACUGGCCACGUCCACACCCUGCUCACAGCGGCGUUCUCGCACGCGGACGCUAUACAUUUCUUCGGGAACAUGACGGGACUGUUCUUCUUCGGACGAGAAGUGUGUGCCAUAUUGGGCCCCAAGCGGUUCCUUGGUCUUUAUCUGGGCAGCGCAGUCGCCGUGUCCCUCGCGCAAGUCGUGUCGCAACCGCUCUACUCCAGCCGCAACAGUUUGAGCCUUGGUGCGUCCGGCGCCGUAAACGCUGUCACAGCCUUUUCCAUCUCCAUGUUUCCACGCAACACUUUCCGUGUCAUGUUCAUACUCCCUCUCCCUGCGUAUGCCGCGGGAACUCUCUUCAUCCUACGAGACCUCUGGGGUGCCCUUGGCAAUAUCGUACAGGGAAGCGGUCACGUUACGGAUCUUGUGGGAGCCGGGAUUGGCAUGUUCUACUUUCGACGCAUCUAUGGUCGUCGAAGUCGGUUCCGCCGCUUGUAAACGCAUUCACAUUGUCAAGUGAUAAUACUGUAGUAGAUGGCGUCG